AUGCGACAACCACACCUGCUUCCAGCAGCACAACUGUGGGCCUUGGAUGUCAAAAGUUGGAUACAAAGAUCAUGGAAUAAGCAACUUCAAUCAAACAUCAACAACAUGCUGGCCAAACUGAUGAAACUAGACAACAGCCACAGCACUAUACCUCAUGCAUCCACUUCGACUAGCCAUGCAGCAUUAUCACAGCACCCACAUCAUCCGAAAUACACAACACAACCAUAUACAAUGGAGCAAACAAACCAGGAAAGUCGAACUACGGGUAAUUACCCUCCAACCCCAACAUUGAAUAAUCUAAUCAUGGCAAUUUCGAGAAAAAACAACUUAAAAAAGUAUAACCCACCUGAUAGUGGAUUAGCAGAGAAAAAAUAUUAUAACCUUGUAAGCAAUAAGGCAGAUAUACAGGCUCUGACUCUUCCACUCGACCAGCAAGCAGCAUUGAUACUAGGACUAGACAGAAAAAUGAACAAAAUAUACAAACCAGCUGUAAAACAGUACGAAGCACUAGCAAUCAACAACCAUUGGACCAAUUUUCAAGGAAACAUUUGGCCGAUUGCCAAAGAGCACCUCAUGAAAUUUAUCACUCACAUGCACGACAAAGUUGCACCCCUGACUCUUUUGUCAUAUCUAUCAGCUUUGAAACACCACCAUAAAAUGAACCACCUUAACUGGAAUGAAAUACGCAAUGACCCACUAGUCAAUCAGCUGCUAAAGACUAUUAACCAAAACCAUGUCCACAAGCCCGUCAAGCAAAAAUCUCACAUUACAAGACAUCAUCUACGAACCCUAAAGGCCAACUUAAAUUUUAACAACCCAGAUGACAAAUUGUUUUGGGCUAUAGCUCUAUCAGCCUUUUAUAGCCUGGCCCAUUUGAGAGAGCUUCUUCCCACAACACGACAAGACAUCGACAAGGUUUCAAGCCUUUGUGCACUGACAUUCGAGAAAGUCGGCCAUCACACAUAUGCCACCAUCCAAUUAGCACGCACCAAAGUUCAUAAAUCAGCCACACGCACAUCCCUGACCAUUAACCUGACAUAUGAUGAUCUGUGCCUAAUAGAUGCACUAAAAACCUAUAUUGUACAAAGAACAAACCCCACAACUCAAACAAUUGUUACCAUCAGAGAGCUGGGAGCACAACUGAGCUCGUCAUGCACGGAGUCCAGCUCAUACAAAUCCAGAAAAUCGGCAGAUGGAGUUCAGAUGCUUUCUACAGAUACAUUCGAACCCACCCGGCCACAAUAG